CCAGCACCUGCAUUAAACAUGCAGAGAGUUACACAAGUUCUUACCACCUUGGGGCACCAUUCAGGUAAAAUCUCAGCUCAUCUUACUUGCUUAUUUGUAUACACUAACACCUGUGCAUGCUUUUGUCCACGUUGUUCCUUUGACGAUGAAUAAAUACCCCUUUUCUUUCUUUCUACAUUAAGGGUGCCUUUUCAUCUGAUUAAAUUUAUAAUGAACAGGGACAUUGCGGUUGUCCCAAGUGGAUGGUAUGAUGAUAGGAUGGUUUUCUGGCCCAGCUAUAAAAACACCGACAGAAUUGAAAGGGCAGCUUUAAAUGAGGAGCAGCAUGAGCCAAACUGGCCAAGAUUUGACGUUUCUGUUGUCCGAACUUGUGACAAUUACAAAGACGCAUUAAAAAUAAUGCAACAAUAUGGAAAGGGCUGCGACACCUCAGACCUGCAAUCUGAGGCAGAGAACGAGGAGCUGCCAGAAAAAAGGAACAGGAAGCCAGUCCAUCGUCUCGGGGACUCAGAUGAUAGCGAAGAAGACCCGGGAAAUAGUGACCUCACAUCUCUGGGGUUGGCAAGCCAAUUGCACAGGCAGACUCCACCGUCUCGCCGAGUGCCAGCAAGAGUCAUGAGUACUUGUCAACUCGACUCCUCAACUGGAGAUAACUUUCUAGCACCUCACCAUGGGGAUGGACGCAUUCAUAUGCCUUCACCAGCACCUGCAUUAAACAUGCAGAGAGUUACACAAGGAACGGCAGUCCCUCCUCGACUCCCUCCACCCCCCUCACCAGCAGCCCUCAACAUGUGGCAGACAGAGGAGCCUGGAUCCAGCCUGGCCUACAGGCCAACAUGGCGAGGGGGAAGAAUGGCCGACAACAUUUCCUGCUCUGCGCCUGAGGUAAUCCACAUCCUUAGCCUGCUGGAAACUAUUAAGCACAACCAAGACCAGCUGAUUGCGAAGGUAAACUUCUUAAGCCUUGAAUAGGUCAAUAUUUCAUAAUGACAUUGAUUUUGAUUCAUUAUUAUUUUUUAAAGAAAGAAACAGCCUACAUGGCAGCUUUGUGUGAUUAGAGUAAACAUUGCUACAUUUUCUUGUUACAUUUCACCUGUUUGCUCUUUAAAUACCACUUUUAAUGUUUUUUAUUUAUU